CGAAUUUUUAUUUACUCUUUAGUCAUUUAAUUGUGAUUUGAAUCUUUUUCCUUUUUAAUUUUGUUCCUUAAUUAACCUUCACUUGUCACUAAAUUAUUGAAGUUACUGUUAACCUUUUACUUUCUGUGAUCUACAACCGGUUUAAUCGAUUGUAAAUUUUGUUCUCAAAUAAAAUGGUUAAACCAAGUCCCAAAAAGGUUGCUGGUAAAAAGGCCGUUGCAAGUCAACCUCGUAUGGCGGCAAAUGGGUAUCGUUUACCUGAUCCUUUGCCCAAGGGUGAAAUACUAAUUGACAAUACAAAGAGAAGCUGGAUCCUUGGUGAGAGUAUAGGAGUUGGUGGAUUCGGUGAGAUUUAUCUCGCUAAAUCAGCUUCUAAAGAUAAUGCUGACUAUGAGUAUGUUAUCAAGGUUGACCAUAAUAAUGGACCUUUGUUCAAUGAGAUGCAUUUCUAUUACCGUGUUGCCAAAUCUGAAUUUAUCAAAGAUUGGGUUCAAAAGAAAGGUUUAACAUUCCUUGGAAUGCCUCGAUUCGUGGCUUCAGGUUUACAUGAUAAACAAUCGAAUGGUGCUGGUGCACCGAAAGGCCGUGGAAUCAAGAAACCACAGCCAUCGUUAAAAUAUCGUUUCCUGGUUAUGCCUCGAUUUGGUACUGAUUUACAAAAGAUGUUAGAUGUUCACAAACAGUUUUCUUUGAAAGCAGCUUACUCAAUUGCUAUCAAGAUAAUUGAUAUUCUAGAAUUUAUUCAUUCUUUUGGUUACAUUCAUUCCGAUAUUAAAGCUUCAAAUCUACUUUUGUCUCUCCAAGAAGAGCAGCGUAAGGUAAAGGGUAAAAAUUCUGGUAUUUUUUCAGAGGUUUACCUGGUUGACUUUGGAUUAGUCGAAAGAUAUGUUUUCAAAGAUGAUGGUGUUCAUAAGAAAUUUGAAGAAGAUGCUCGAAGAGCUAAUAAUGGAACUGCUGAAUUCAGUUCAAGAGAUGCACAUAUUGGUUGCUUUUCUCGUCGAAGUGAUAUUGAAAUACUCUGUUAUAAUAUACUUUCCUGGAUGUCUGGUGGUAGAUUACCCUGGAUGUUUAAUUUGAAAGAUAGUGCGUAUGUUAAACAGUGUAAAAACUAUUACAUGGAAAGAACAACAGAAUUACUUAACUAUUGCUUCCCACCCUCAUCAUCUUCACCUCCUCCUGUUGCUGUUUUAUCCAAAAAGUCUGAGACCAACACUAAUGCCAAGGUUGUUGAUCGUACUAAACCAUCUCCUUCAAUUCCUCCUGGAAUUGCCGAGUUUAUUAAAUAUACAAUCAACUUGAAAUUUGAAGAAGAACCUGAUUAUGGUUAUCUUAAAUCGGUUUUAGAAAAGGCGAUUGUCAAAUCGGGAGAAAAAUCUGAUGGUAAAUUUUCUUUCGUCCAAUCGAACACAAUUUCACCACCAACAAGAACAUCAAGAACACCAAGAACACCAAGAACAUCCAGAACAUCCAGAUCAUCUUCAUCUUCAUCCUCAUUGUCUCCAAUUAAAUCACCCAAAUCGUUACCACCUAAAACGAGAUCACCAAAUGGAACCGCCGCAAAAAGAGCUGCAGCACCAAGUCCAAGUCCAGUACUUCGUAGCAGAAGACGCAUUUAAUUUGGAAUCAGAGUGAUCAAAAUAAUCAAUGGAAAUGAAAAAAAUCCAUCAUUUCUAAUUCAAUUCAUCAUCUGUCAUCUUUCAUAUUGUUUAAUCACAUCUCAAUUAUACAAGCUAAUGAAUGACAAAUGGGCCUCAUAAAAAUAACUAAUCGUCUUCAAGAAAUGAUAAUGGUCGACGAUGGACUCAAAAAAAAGCGAAACCAAAAUCCAAAGGUUUCAAAAAGCUCAAAGUAUUUUGAAAGAAUCAGGAUAAAAUUACUAACAUAGCAAAAUGGAUCAUUUAACAUUAUCAUUAUUGAAGAAAAGUGAAAAAUAUUAUUUCUUACUUGGACCUGUUAUUAAAUUUGCCCAUUCUUUUACACCAAUUUAUCUUCCUUAUUUUGAGAAUCACCAUCGACUUAUCGCUAAUUAGCGUUAUAAAGAAAUAAAAAUUAGCUUGUGAAUAAAUCGAGCGAAAUUGUCAAGCUAAGAAAAAUUAA